GCAGGCAGACAGAGAGAGCAUCUCUGGUCUGGAGCGCUCAAAGUCUUCAACUACAUCGACGCGCUUCGGAGCACUGUGCAUGUACUUUUUGCUCCUCCUGAAUAACAUAUAAAUUUCCAGACGCGCUGCAAUCUUUCAUCCUCUAGAACUCGAUCAACGAUUCAUUUCUCCUGCGCGCAGCAUCCGUACCGACAAGCGAGCGAGCGAGCGAGCAGUCAUGGAGGCAACCGCGAUUUCCGCCGGCCCAUCAUCAUUCUCUCCCGCAUCACCCGGACCCGGACACCCAGUCUCCCGUCUGCCGGCGCGUGUCGCCGGCGCGGUGGUUCGGGGCCUGGUCACCUUCGUCUUCGCCGCAGUGGGCGCGAUCCUUGGGGCCAUCACGGGCGCGCUGAUCGGCCUGGCGACGGAGAGCGGCCUGGUGCGCGGCGCCGGCAUCGGGGCCAUCUCCGGCGCGGUGGUGUCGAUGGAGGUCGUCGAGUCCUCCAUGGCCAUCUGGCGCUCCCACGAGUCGGGGAUCUGGAGCGUUCUCUACGUGCUUGAUGUGAUCUGGAGCCUCCUGACCGGCCGCCUCGUGCGCGACAAGGUGGACCCCGCCGUGCAGAGCGCCGUCGACAGUCAGAUGAACGCGGUGGACUCGCCGUUCAGGGAGAUGGCGGACAUGUUUGAGGACGGCACCGCCGCCGCCGCCGACGCCACGGGCAUGCCGAUGGCCGCCAUCGAGGCGCUCCCCGUGAGGAGCUUCACCGAGAGCACCGUCGUGGACGCCUGCGGGGAGCGAAUCGGCUGCUCCGUCUGCCUUCAGGACUUCGAGGCCGGCGAGACCGCGCGGAGCUUGCCGGAGUGCGGCCACACGUUCCACCUGCCGUGCAUCGACGUCUGGCUGCUACGGCACGCGUCGUGCCCGUUGUGUCGGCGCACGGUCUAGGCCGUUGCGCUUUCCGUUAGGAUAUCUUCUGCGUGUGCGUGCAGACACACGAGCGCGCGCUGGUUGUUCAGCUCGGGAUUGCAUGCACACCGACGUUCUUUCAUACCUUGAUUGCUCAUUUCUUCGUCGAUUUGAGGACGUACAGAUACUCGUAUAGCUGAGAUGUAUGACUGUAAAUAUGUCCAGAGGUGAAUGGUUGUAAAUAAUCCUUGUAACAUUGAGUUUUGUUUUCAUUGUUCGUUAGUAUACUUGAUGAUUAGCCCAUA